AUGAGGAUACCCAUCCGAAUUCAGCUGGGCGGAGUGAUUCUAGUCUCAUCUUUGAUUGGACUUGCUGUCAUCUCCAUCGCGGUAUGGGUCACUAUACACGCAUUCGUGCUGGACCUUCGGGCAUCGCGGCUGGCAUUGACUGCCUCUCUCAAAGCAGCUCAAUUAGCCACCAAUCUUGAUAUCAUGCAGACCAGCUCUGGUUUCGUCUCCACGAGGAUACUCAUCCAAAACGCCCUGACCCGAUACAACACCAGAGACAACAACACUGCUGCCAAUUGGGUCAACAGUAUUGCAGAUAUACAAGCUGCGAUUGGAGGAGAUGCUUCCCUCGGACAGGCAUUGCUGCUUCAGAUCAGGAUCUGGCCGAGAGAUGAUGAUGGACCUGGAAGCCUGGGAGGACUCUUGAACGUUACAGCACAGAGCGUACUUGAUAACAAUAUACCACUCCCAUACAAGUACGAGAAUGGGACAUCAAUACUCAUGGGCGCAAAUGAUACAGACUCCGGUUCCUGGGGGUAUCCACCUAAUUUGUACCCUAACCUGACAUACUUCACCGAACCCUUCAAUGCGACUUACAGGAAUUCUCGAGCCAUGUACCAGGGUGUGGUUUUGAUGCCAGGCGCUGCUCUACUUCUCGGCCCCUGGCGGGUCAGCCCAAGCCUCGAUCUUGUUUCAAUAUCCAUGCCGAUCAGCGACAACAAUAAUCUGGAUCUGGUCUUGGGGUACAUGACAGUAGUGAUGGAUGCAAGAUUGAUCAUGAGUGUCUUGACAUCAGAUCAAGGCCUUGGAGAUUCCGGAUCAACGCUAUUGCUUGGUCCAGCCGAUCCCAGCAAUGUCUUCUCGACGGCCAACUCUCCGUUCAAUGCCAACGACUUCUCCGUAAUCUACAGUGCGCUGGCCAAGGCAGAUCUGAGGUCUUCUGAUAGCUCCGGGUCCAGUAUCCACGCCAUAAACGAGAAUGGUGACAAGGUCAGCGUUGGAUAUUCGCUACUUACAAGUCCACUUGUCGAUUGGAUCGUCAUCGUCGAGCAGAGCCGAAAGGAAGUCUGGCGGCCAAUAAACAGACUUAGGAAUGUCAUAUUGUCCUGCCUCUUCGCGACAGCGAUUCUGAUGGCUUUGGUGUCGUUCCCGCUUGCCCAUGUGGCGAGUCUGCCGAUCAUAAGACUGCGACAGGCUGCCGCCCGUUCCAUGGAGCCGCCGGGAAACAGUCGGAGCAGCCUGGGAUCAUCGUCUGUCGACUUAAACCGGGGAGAAGUCAACGUCGUCAGAGGCAUUGCCGGCUCUGAUGGCGAAGUCGGCAAGGAAGGCGCCAUGGUGUAUUCGAACCCUGUUUCCAAGUGGAAACAGAAACGGCAAGAGGCAACGCAGGCGCGACGGGAUGAGAGGCGUAAGCGGGCUUUCAGGAUACCUGGCAAGGUCAAGGAGCGUAAAUAUUGCGUUCGGGAUGAGCUCUCCGAAUUGACUUCGACGUUCAACGAAAUGAGCGAUGAACUCAUGAUGCAGUACAGCAGACUUGAGGAGCGUGUCCAGCAAAGGACUGCAGAGCUAGAAACUUCGAAGAAAGCUGCUGAAGCUGCGAAUGAAAGCAAAACUCUGUUCAUCGCCAACAUCUCCCAUGAGCUCAAAACGCCCCUCAACGGCAUACUUGGCAUGACAGCGGUCUGCUUGUCAGAACCAGACCCCAUCCGCCUGAAGCGAUCGCUUGGCAUCAUCUACAAAUCUGGAGACUUGCUACUGCAUCUGCUAAACGACCUACUCACCUUCUCCAAGAAUGAAGUCGGACAGCAUUUGAGCCUUGACGAGAAAGAGUUCCGCCUGCGAGACAUACAGACACAGACUCUGGCUAUCUUCGAGAAGCAGGCCAGAGAAGGUGACAUCACAUUGAAAGUAGAAUUUCAAGGUGCUGACAACACUCUCGACUCUGAGCGGCGACAAUACAACGGACCAGCGGACACCGGAAAAAUGCAGGACAUGAUUCUCUGGGGCGACGUGCAUCGAAUCUUGCAAAUUGUGGUCAAUCUCUGCAGCAAUGCGUUGAAGUUCACUCCUAAAGGCGGCUCGGUAGUACUCACCGUUCGAUGUCUGCCCGAACUACCUCCUGCAGCAUCAAGAAGUACAAGCAUGAACUCUCGCCAAUCGCGCAAUGAUUCAUCACGACAUCGUACCUCCGAUACUUUCACCCUGCCCGCGAGACCCAGCUUGGCAAAUGUUACAAAGGAGAAAUCACAGGUCUUUUCAGUCACAGACAGGAAUAGCUCUCCACCGCCCGGAAAGUUCUUGUACUUUGAGUUUGAAGUGCAGGACACUGGACCAGGCAUCCAGGAAGAAAUGCUGAGCAAAAUCUUCCUGCCAUUUGUUCAAGCAGAUCUAGGUCUUAGCAAAAAAUACGGAGGCACCGGGCUAGGGUUAUCAAUCUGCUCGCAGUUGGCAAGCCUGAUGAAGGGUUCUGUCACUGUGAAAAGCACUGUGGGUGUGGGAAGCAUAUUCACUCUGAAAAUGCCACUGCGUCUCGUCCAGUCUCGUCCGGAGAGCUCACCGGGAUCUCUAACCGGAAUGCGCACGGAGACUUCUAGCAGAAGUGCAUCCUUCGAGAACGACGACAGAUCGCAAGCUUAUGGAGUACAUGAUGCUCUUGAAAGCCCUCUCGCUGAGACUCCGGAGACCACAAAGCCACAGCAAACUGCCGGCGUGGGAACCGUUUCGCAGCCUCGAUUAGUUGGGCUCAGUCAACCUUUUUUUGCCGCUAGCCAACCCAUGGAGUCGCCGAACUCACAAUCUGGAGCUAUGAAACAUGUCAGCACCGAAGCCACUCGUGGCGAUAAUAGAAUACGAGUCCUGGUGGCGGAGGAUAACAAGAUCAACCAAGAGAUUGUGCUUCGUAUGCUCCGGCUGGAAGACAUCUACGACGUGACGGUCGCCAAGGACGGGCAAGAAGCUCUAGAUCUAGUGAAAGAGUCGAUGCGUGGCGAUGAUCAUCAAGCGUUCAACCUCAUAUUCAUGGACGUGCAGAUGCCCAAUGUGGAUGGUCUGCAAAGUACACGCUUGAUACGUGAGAUUGGAUAUCAAGCACCGAUCGUUGCAUUGACUGCUUUUGCCGAGGAGAGCAACAUCCGAGAUUGUCUGGAUUCUGGCAUGAACUACUUUCUGAGCAAGCCGAUUCGCAGACCACAACUGAAGAAAGUGCUGAAAGAGUACUGCCAGCCGAUACCCGAGGAGACCGAGGAAGCUGCGUCACCUGGAGAGCAAACCUCAGGGCACGGCGGCGGUACCAACACGACCAUUGUCAUGGUCAACAAGGCACCCGAACAGCCAUCUGCCAGCAAGGGCGUGCAAGUAGACGAGAAGAACGGACCGGAGUGA